AUGUCAUUCGGCUUCUCAGUCGGCGACAUCGUCCUUCUCAUAAAUCUCACACACAGCCUGAUCAGUUGGGUCAGAAACGCACCGGCUCAAUUCAAAGAAUUCGAAGGCGAUCUGGUAUUGGCAUCUCGCGUGCUAGACCGGCUCAGAGAUAAGUGGUCUCAAUUCUCUGGCCGAGCUACAGGCAGUGGCACGCCGCUGAAUCAAGAUCAAGUCCUCCAGAAUACUAUUGACGGUAUUCGAAAUGGCCUCGAGGAGCUUCAAACGCAGCUGGCCAGUGAAUCGGUUGGGCCGUCCCUUUCCAGCCCGUUUUCCAAUUUUCGAUUCACUCGCCGAAUUCAAGACCUCCAUCGGCGGCUUCAGUUUCACCUGGCGUCCAUCCAAAUUGUUAUGCAAAACGUUACUUUGAUGCAAGGAAGGGACAUAGCUGAGACUCUCGAGGUGCUACGCGAAGCCCAGGGGGAGCAAGAGAGGGAGGAUCAGGAGCUCCAAGACACGCCAACCCGCGACCGCGGAACAUUUUCGACGAUUAAUUCUCGUGACUAUCUCAUUGAGAGAUGGCGUCGAGGAGUUACCACCAAUAUCGACAACUAUUCAUCGAUCAGCAUUGGAAUGCCUGGAAACUCGCAUGUUGACGAAAACCCUGCGGAUGACAUACUACCCGCUGUAGUUCAUGCAGCAGAUAAUGAGGCUGCUUUAACGCCUCCCCCUUCUCAGCCCAGAAACAUCAAAUUCCAGCUCCCUGACGCUGUGGCACAAGAGACAACACUGGAUGACUCGCUUCUGACCGGACCGCGGCGUCCGUCAACUUCGGAUAUCCGUCAAUGUCUAGGCAUGGCUGUGAUACUUCUCGUAACAGGGCCUAUACUUGCAAGUUUUGCAAUGAGUAUGUACCGUGUCAUCAAAGAGAGUACAAAUAUCACGGGAAGUGAUACUGGAUCUUACAAAUCCUUCAUCAAGUUCACUCCCAUGGCUGCGUUCCCAUCGUCGUUGGCCGGCUUUGGUUAUGGGGUGUAUCUCAUUACCUAA